AUGUUUCAAUUUUUCGUGGCGGUAGCGAUACUUUCUGUGUUGAUCAACGCAGAAUUGCAAAGAAAUCCGCUGUACGAGACAAAUUCUACUCGAAGAUCAAUUGACAUCAAUCAUCGACAAAGUCGUUCGGAUAGGAGACGUGUUAUAAGAAUAAAUUUGCGAGAUGAUCACGAAAAUUCUUUUUUUGGCUAUCUCUCAAUUGGGUCUUAUCCACAAUAUUUUAAAGUACUUUUCGACACUAAUUCCUCAAAUUUUUGGAUGCUAUCUAAAAAUUGCCAUAGUAAUACCCUUGCUUGCAACUCAAAAUCAAAUGUGAAUUUUGAUGAUAGCAAAUCAGUGACCUACAUACCAAGUAAUACUUCAUUCGAUAUUGAAUACAAUGGUGAUGUUAUCUCCGGAUAUUUAUCUACUGAUGUAGCGUAUUUUGGUUUUAUUAACCCAAUUGCUAUUCAAAAUCAGACAUUUGGAAAAGCAAUAAGCUAUAAACGGCAGUUACCGUUUAAACCAAAUUAUCACGGAAUCGUGGGAAUGGGUUAUUCCACAUCAGCUGUUACAGGAAUUCCCAUUCUUACUAACAUGGUUCAACAAGACCUAUUGUUGCGACCCAUUUUUAGUAUCUAUAUGAAGAGAAAAUUCUUGACAUCUGAAAUAGUCGGUGAACUAAUAUUUGGUGAUAUCGAUAGUAGUCUUUAUAUAGGUAAAUUGACGAAUGUUAAUGUUACUCGCAAAGGAUACUGGCAAUUUAACAUGAAUAAAGUUCAACUAGGAAAUAAUAAUAUAUUAUGCGAGAAUGACUGUCAAGCUAUUAUCGACUCGAGUAAUUUCCGGAUAUCUGGACCACCAUCGGCUAUCGCAGUUAUUAAUAAAUAUAUUAGAACUAUUAGUCUUAGUGAUCCAGCAAUUGUGGACUGUAAAAAGAUUUAUAAGUUGCCCAAUAUCUAUUUUAUCAUAGGUGGAAAAGCAUUCGAACUUACUAGCAAAGACUAUAUAAUUAAGUCUACGUUAAGCUCUGAUAUAUUCUGUAUAAGCCCUUUCGAAGAUAAUAACAUUUCGGAUAAGGACGGUCCAACAUGGGUUUUAGGCAAUCUGUUUCUCCGUCGAUAUUAUAUAAAAUUCGACAUGGGGAAAAAUCAAAUGGGAUUUGCCCCUAUAAGAUAA